UUGGAGGAAGUUUGGGCCUUUCCGGCCACCACCCGGUUCAAAACGGCUUCCCCCAGGAAAAGGCGAGGGCUAACGUCAAAGUAUAGACUCUAAACUCUUCCUCGCAUGGAUCGUACCGCAGAGUUCAGGAGAUGGAAGGCGCAGUGUCUGAGCAAAGCGGACCUCAGCCGGAAGGGUGGUGUGGACGAGGAUGUGGUAGAAUUUGUGCAGCUCCUGAAUGAGCGAGAACAGUACUUCACCACCAGUUCCUGCGCUGGGCGCAUCAUCCUCCUGGAUGGGGGUAUAAAUGGUUUUGAGGUUCAAAAGCAAAACCGUUGCUGGCUACUGGUUACACACAAACCUUGUGUAAAGGAUGAUGUGAUGGCAGCUCUGAAGAAAGCAACUGGUGAUGCCAUUUUGAAAUUUGAACCACUUGUUCUUCAUGUGCAGUGUCGACGGUUGCUGGAUGCACAGAUUCUGCAUUCAGUGGCAAUAGAUUCUGGUUUCAGGAACUCCGGCAUCACCGUGGGAAAGAGAGGAAAGACUAUGUUGGCUAUCCGGAGCACACAUGGCUUAGAAGUUCCAUUAAGCAAUAAGGGAAAACUGAUGGUAACUGAGGAAUAUAUUGACUUCCUGUUAAAGAUAGCAAAUCAGAAAAUGGAAGAAAACAAGAAGAGAAUUGAAAGUCUUAUCACAGAUAAUAAAAACAUGAUCAAAGUAAUAGAUGAGAGUAGCCCAGACAGUAAAGGGCACUAAAUGGAGUGUAAAGGGGAAAGUCCAUGGAAGAUAGUGGGACGUGACUGCCAGCUACAGGCGUGAAGGAAGAGAAAUAUCAUCCCUCAGGUAAGAGAGCCCAACACCAAUGGGGAUCAUAAGUGAGCAAGUUGAAGGCAGCCAGGCGAGAGGUACAUACUGCCCCCUGGAUGUAUCUAUUGGAGAUUAUCUAGAAUUUCCUUUUGAGGAAAGCAACCUGGUUAAUUUUAGCCUCAUACAUAUUUUACAUAUGUGGCUGGUUCUUACGGAUUAGAUCUAGAAUUGCCAUAAUUGUCCCAGGAGGAAGGAUCAUGACUAUCAGUUCACAUCUUUAUACUUUCUCUUCUUAAAUUUUACCUCCUGGUAAAUAAAACUCUUACUUUCUAUUCAACUUUUUCAUAAAAAUAGAGUUUUUGACCUAAUGAAGUGACUAUGAUGCCGUCUUUCUUCUAUGAAAGGAAUGCCAGUGAUCUGCUGUCAGCAAGAUGUACGCUUCUGAGUUCGUCAAGGAGCGAUGGCCAACUUGUUGUCAUUUAUGGUGUCCUUUCCUCUUCUCCCCACCUCCUUGGCUACCUCACAACGAGUCACUCACUGCCUAAAUAAUUCUUAAAUCAUUCUUCUCUCCCCAUGUGUACUUUCACUUUCUUAUUCAAUACCACUGCAAUAGCCUUGUUAGCUAGUCUCAUAGUAAAAUGUUUCUAGUAUGUCUCUCCGCCAAGCCAUUCUCUAUGUCACCGUCAGAAUCCUGUCUGUAAGUGCAAAGGAAUCCUUUUGUUUAGCUUGCCUGCUUAAGGUUCUUUAAUACCUACAAUUUUUUUUGCAGUAGCUAAGGCUAUGAGUGCCAGUGUAGCAGUGUACGAUGGUGGAAAGAGGCAGAAUUUGGCUCCAGAGGCAGAACUGAAUUUGAAUCCAGGUUCCACCACAACUUACUCAACGUUCUUGACUUCAUUUUUCUUCUAUCUUACUUGGGAGAAAUACCUGUCUUAAAGACCAGUUUUAGUAUAUAUAGCCAUCUAUAUAAGGACUGGCCCGAUCCCUGUCAUGUCAUGGAUUCUCAGGGUAGGUAGCUCUUUUCCUUCUUCAUUGGCACAUAUAGAAAAUAAACCUAUGAUCACAUCAUUAUAAACCAUCCAGGCUUUCUUAACCAGGACUCCUCACUUGCACCACAGAAUUCACAAACUUAUUCAAGUGACUGUUUCUCAGUUCUUGCAACAAUGGUAUAUAUCUUGCAUUCUAGAUACAUUGGAGAGAAGUUAACUCAUUACAAACAGUGGAUGUCUUAGGGCAUUGGAGUUUAAUUUUCUAGUAGAACCCUGGUUGAAAAAAGCUGAGGGGUUACCUGGCUACCAGGUGCUCUGAGCAAACAUUCUAAACGAAGUGAUCAUUUCAGCUAAGUACUGAGGAGCACCCAGCCACUUCACCAGACGACAGAGUUUGUACUCCAUGUAGGUACCUAUUGGUACCAUUCCACAAGUUUACUACCGUUUCUUAGAUUGUAUUCUAGUGAGGCUCUUUGCUAAAAUGUAGGAAGUAACAAAUCAGUUUCUCUGUUUCCUUACUUGAAUUUCAACAAGAUUAUAAAUAUAGCCCAAGAGCAACUAACUAUACACCUGGUGAAGUUAAUUGAGCCACGUUCACCAACUAUAAAAUCAAAUUAUACUUUAAAUCCAUUGACUCAAAAAUAUGUUUUGAGAUUAUAGUAUGCAUGCUGCUAUCAAGAGAGCUACGCUCAUCGUAUAAAAUCAGUGAGAAAUUAAAGAAGGGUAAAAAGUGUCUUAAGAUACUGAUGAGAAGAUUACACGUGAAUUCAGAAAGGGGAACAAAUUAGAGAGCUCCUUUGGGAACAGCUGUACAUUCAACCAAAUGCAGAGAAAAAGUUGCCCUUCUUAUGUGGAAAAGUGAAAAAAAUAAUAAAUACUGGAGGUGAUAAGUUCUGCAAUCAGACUUUGAGUGCUAAAAUUGGUUUGUCAUAGGACCAAAGUUUCACAAUUCAAAUAACUAUAGGAGAAUUUUUAAAAGUCAUCCUAAACUGAAACUCUGUACCCAUUAAACAAUAAAUCCCCAUUCCCCAGACUCCCAGCCUCUGGUAACUACUAUUCUGUUUUCUAUUACUAUGAAUUUGACUAUUCUAGUUCCCUCACAUAAGUGAAAUCAUAAUACUUGUCCUUUCGUGUCUGGCUCAUUUCACUCGGUGUACGGUCUUCAGAGUGUAUCCGUGUUGUAGCAUGUAUCACAAUCUCAUUCCUUUUUAAGGCUAAAUAAUAUUCCACUGUAUGUUUAUGCCACAUUUUAUUUAUCCAUUCACUCAUCAAUGGACGUUUGGGAUUUUUCCAUCUUUAAGCUAUGCUGCUAUGCUGCUUUGAAUACAUAUGUACAAAUGUCUGAGUCCUGCAUUCACUUCUUUUGGGUGUAUACCCAGAAAUAGAAUUGCUACAUCAUAUGGUAGUUCCAUGUUUCAUUCUUUGAAGGACUGCCAUGCUGUUUUCCACAGGAACUGCACUAUUUUAUAUUUCCACCAGCAAAG